CCGAGCAAUCAUGAUCAAAUUCAGUUGCCGAUUUUCCACAGAUCUAUGCAGUGUAACGGUGCAGCCGUCCAAUGGCAGGUCAAUGGAUUCUACUGCAGUGUCGCACCGAAAUACGUACAGAUGAGGGCGUGGUGAUUUUCGAAGGGAGUCCGCACAAAGCCAAGGUGCUCUAUGGCAACCUGCUGUGGACCGGUGCCCUUGCGCUCUCAAAAUUCUUUGCCACUUCUUCUGCAGCCCCGCCCGUCAAAGGACGGUCUUGUUUGGAGCUGGGUGCCGGGACUGGUGUGGUCGGUCUGACCUUGGGAUCGAUGGGUGCAGAGCCUGUGUUCAUCACUGACAAUGAACCUGAGCUGCUUCUUCUUAUGAAGAAAAAUAUUGAGGCCAACAAUCUCAGUGAUCGUGUGCAGACAUUCUGCCUUGAUUGGGCAGAUGGCAAAAGCUUUAUGCAGCAACUGCCGGAUUUGGUGGUCGCAGCAGCAACUCAGCAACGAUGAAUCAGCAACGAUGAGCAUCAAAUGCGAUUCAUCACGAAAGCUAGCACCAGCUAGCUGGAGUUGUCCUUGCUUUAGCAAGUGAGGGGCUGGAAUCCUCGGGAUCGCCGCAUCACGUGAAAACUUCAUAUGUAGGGGGGCCCCCCCCCCGUGGGUUCAACUCCCCCCUCGGACGCCUCUGGGACACCUCUCGGGCAUCUCUUAUGGCAUCCACUUUGGCUUAACUCCUCCGGGAUACGGUGCAACAGAUUCAACGAGCUCACAGGUUCGUGAACACAUCGGAUGCAUCGAACAGUGUGGCAAAGUCCAGCCACGCUUCCUUAAUUAUCGGGGACUUCAAUUCUAAGGUUGGCUGUGUCAUUGCUGUUUGUGUGUCUUACAUGUUCACAACGUUUUACCUCAUGAGCAUUUGCCUCACUCCGCUUGAUGUCCCACCAGUCCGGAUGCACCCCUGCUAGCUUUCGCCACCUACCCUCGGCCUCAAGUUGGGUUUCUUGAGCGUUGAAGAAUUCAGCUUGCUGUGUCAGGAUGUGCUAUACGAAGGCGACCCUUGUUUGCAAGGUGACACAUUUUCUUCGGAAUUGGUUCCUUCUUGCACAUUGAGAGACUUGACGUCGAGUCUUUUUGAACACACUCUAUGCUUCGUUUCACUUGCCAGGGAGGGACGCUCCAGCAUAGAUGGUGGGGAAGGGGCUGAAUGCAAGCAGUCAAUGGCAUCGAGACCAUACAAGUCCAACAAUUUUGCUUAUGAUUAUAGGAAUGUUGCAUGGCCAGGUCAUGGAUACACACAUACACUUGGCUCAAUAAGCACAGAUUGAAACGGCGGUUCGUUCCACUUGGCAUACUUAACAAAAACGCGUUCGAUCCACUUGAGCCACAAGGCGAUGUCUCAUAAUCGGUUGUGGUGCAUCGAUAGCAGGCCUAGGGCCUACAGGGCCUAUAGGGCCUAUAGGGCCUAGGGCUUCAGGACUCACCAAUUGCGUUGGUUGUUCGAAGCAUGCAUAUUGGCAAGUAAAUCAAAGGCAAAGGUUUAUGACGAUGGCCGAAAGCAAAUGGCAGCCAAAGCAAAGAAGACAAACUGACAAUCCGGGAUCAACUUCGGUGCUCUCACUUGAAGGCUCCAGUACAAAAGUUCCCAGGGAGGGCUUGGGGGACUUGGGUUGAGCACCUGCUACUAGAAGACUGUACUAGAAGAUCAUUGAGUCCUCGGGGCUGGCCCUCAUAGGCGGUGCUCCAAAAAUUAUCCAAAGCUGCCCUCAACCACUGGCCAUCAGUGGAAUGCACCCAGGAUCACAGCCCACUGAGUUUGGCCAGAUCCAGUAGGAAGCAUGCGAGCAAGCGCCCGCAACACUGCAUCAAUCCAUCCACUUCACAGCCUUUUCUAGCAGAGCAAAUUGAAGAUGGAUGCAUUCUAUGUGAUUUUGCCCAAACGCAUCUCUGAUGCUUGGGUUCUGGUGUAGCGAGGAAACAUCGUCGCAGGAGGGUGGACGCCGAAUACCUUGCGGAAGGCGCUUUGUUAGGAAUGUCGUAAUACCUUCCAGGGCGGUGGUCGCGAAGCCGUGGAAAGGCGCGCGGGCCGCAGAAUAUUUGGCGGAACGGGUGUUGGAGGAUGAUGGAAGGGUUUGAAAUGUUCUGGAUGUGGUAAUACCUUGCAGGAUGGCUCUGGGAGGUGGUCAAAGGCGUGCAGACCGCAAGGGAUGUUGUGGAGGAUGAUGGAAAGGGUUUGACGUGUACUUUGCGGCACGUGCCACGGAAGGUGGUCGUUGAACCUGCAGACAGACGCGAGACCGAGGUCGGGAGAGAGCGAGCGCGAACAUGCAGAGGUGGUAGAUGAUGCAGAGCUUCAAGGGCUUUUUCAGGACACACUUCAUCAAUAAUGCGAUUGUCCUGAAAGAACGGGCGCUCAAGAUGUGCUGAAUGGGCUCGAAACGUUGGUGGAAAUGGCCGCUACUGGGGAAUAGGUUGGGGCUGCUGGGAAGGGGCUGCCGCAGAGUGCAGUGGGUGUUGCAAAUAGUUGCCAGUCUUGUCGAACUUUAUCCGGCGCUUGACUGUGCCACACCUCUCUCUGCUCUGCCAAAGUAAGUGCACUGUGCACUCCGCUGCUUUUGGGUUCUCGGGCUCACUGCACUCGCUUUCCAACUUAGGAUGGCUCUAUGUUUUGCCACGCACUUGCGAAGCAUUUGCGGAUUGGAGCUGAAGCAUAUGUGGCGAACCACCACAACCCCGACAAGUGCGAGGCACUGCCUGAUCCUUUUGGAGAAGGCUCUAGGCGUCAGGUUCUGUUUGAUUUCUCGGACAGCCUGCCUAGCCAAGCGAAGAAGAGCCAAUGUGAGAUCAGCGAUUGGAAAAAACUUUGCAGUGUACUUGAAACUCUUCAGAAGGCAACUCUGGGAUUUCUUCGAACAGCCACACGACUGGGCUUGAGAGUUGAAAGACUGGAGGAGCUGGCAGUGGUGAUAGCCCCUGUAUUAAAACUGUGAUAAUACAGGAUCGAUUGGACCGAGAAUUUCAUGGAAUUGUUUUUACUUGUAGGACUCUAAAGGCUUUGCCAUCGGAAGCUUGCGUACAAACACAAGGAGGUCGGCCUUCCAAGAAGAGGCUUUCCAUCCUUUGAACGGCAAUGCUGAUGCACCUUGGACCCAAACAGCAGUGAGUGCAAGUGUGGAGCCGCCGCCGAUUCGCAAACUUUAUUGGCAGGCAAUUUGCACGAUGGUCCGGGGUGCAAAGUUCCAUCAACCCGACCUCAGUCCUAUGGAGCAACGCAGCAGCAAGCCCCUUCCCGGAGUGCAGAAGAAAUAGGUUUGGAUUGUAUCGUGGAAUAACGUGUUUUGCAAGCCUCGAUGUAAGAUAGUUCGUUAUGCGGAUGUGCGUGUUGCAUAGGUUCAUUAUUUGCACAGAUUCAAGCGCCCAUGUUUGCACCCCAAAUUGAUCGAUAUAUGCCAA